AUGCGUUGCAACGCGUUAAUAAUUGUCGCACUGUUCGCGACGCUGGCGUACUCCGUGUUCUACGUCGAGGCGUAUCCGCAAGGCGAGGCGGGUCCGUCGCGUCGCGCGACGGAAGUGGAAGCGAACGCAGCAACCGCGAAGCCGCCAGCCGACUCUUCCAGCCAGGAAUCCAACAGCAGCGAGGAGAGAACUGGUGCCGCGAGAGGAAGGGCUAAGAGAGGAACGCGAGACGGCGGGACGACGCGAAACGAGUUGCUGGCCGGAAGACAGGAAGAAGAAAAGCUCGCUCCGUGCGAGCUAGAAACGAGGAAGAGAUGCAACGGCGAUAACGGUAACGACAACGACGACGACGACGACAACGGUAACGGUAAGGGCGAUGAUAACGAUAGUAACGACAAUGACAAGAGCAGCAGUAGUAGCAGCAGUAGCAGCAGUAGCAGCAGCAGCAGCAGCAGCAGUGACAGUGACGAGAUGGACAAUAAACACAGAAGAAGAAGAAAGAAUAACUGCAACGAUAACAACGUCCAGAAAAGAAGGUGCCAAAGGAGGCUGUACAAGAGGCAGAUUGAUGGACUGACCUACCAUGAUUCGAAUAGCAAAUCUUCCUCCGAGGAGAAGAAUAAACAGCAGCUCUCCAAGGGACCAGCCGUAGCCGGUCUCCUUAACGUAGACGUCGAUUUUUAUAUUCGACAUCUGGGACACGAGGAAGCUGAGGAAGAUUCAGAAUUGGAGAAGAGAAUACCCAAAUGGGGGAAGAAACGUCGCGAUGUUCUGUUCACUGCGCAUCAUCCACCAGAUAAUGGAGAUUCUUCGAAAAUGAUCAGCCAUUUAACGAUCAUUUUAUGUAUAGAGAUAAAAAUGUGCCGCGUUAGCGUUCUUUAA